GUAUUUACGGUUGGUAGCUCUACUUGGCCAUGUGUUGUCAGCGCAACGUAAACAAACCUGAGAAACGUUUUGCCUCAACUCCGGUGGAAAGUGGAAUAAGUGAGAAAACGCUGUUGUCAAAUGGUGUAAAUGUACGUGGAAUAAAGUCUCACUUUUGACACAAAUUUAACAAUGGCAGCAAAAAAAGCACACACUAUUAGUGACCGAGAACGGACUGACGACAUACAUGUAGAGGAAAAUGUGGAUUUUGCAGGUAUGUACUUAUCUGACCAUGUCCUAGAGGGACUGAAGAAAUCUGGAUUUAUCAGGCCGAGUCCCAUUCAACUUGCUGCCAUUCCACUUGGUCGCUGUGGGCUUGACCUUGUGGUUCAGGCCAAGAGUGGAACAGGUAAGACAUGUGUGUUUACUGUUGUUGCUCUAGAGAUGCUCAGUGUUGCAGCCUCAACAACUCAAGUAUUGGUCAUAGCACCAACAAGGGAGAUAGCAGUGCAGAUCACUCAAGUAAUCAAUUCCAUAGGCAGUGGAACACCAGGGUUGAGGGCCUAUGCCUUUAUAGGUGGAAUUCCUCUGUCACAGGAUAAAGCAAAGCUAAGCUGUUGUCAUAUAGCUGUGGGCACACCAGGACGUUUAGCACAGCUGGUUGAACUUGGUCUCCUAAAGCUUGAUAAUGUUCGCUUGUUUGUUCUUGAUGAAGCUGAUCAGUUGUUGACUGGUCAGUUCACAAAAGGAGUAAUCAGUCUAGCUUCAGCACUUCCUUUGAAUAAACAAAUAUUAGCAUUAAGCGCUACAUACACAGAUGAAGUUGCAAAAGUUGCAGAAGAACUGAUGCGUUCACCAAAUCAUGUUCGCCUUGAUCGAGAUUGUCCUGCUCUUCUUGGAGUGAAUCAGUUUGCUAGGCUGCUUCCCUUCCAUCAUCAGCCACACAGAAUACAGCAAACCAAAAUGUCUGAGCUGUUGUCAGUAUUAUCAACAGUAACUUUCAACCAGUGCCUUGUCUUUACUAAUUCCCAGUUACGUGCUGAAUCAAUUUGUAAUGAAUUACGAGCAACUGGAUGGCCAGUAUCAUACCUGACAGGUGGACAAGCACAAAGAGAUCGCUUACAGGCACUUGAUGCACUCUGCUCCUACAAGUGUCGCAUCCUUAUAUCCACAGACCUCUCUGCCAGAGGUUUAGAUUCAGAACACGUCAAUCUAGUGAUAAAUCUAGAUAUGCCACGGGACCAGGCUACUUACUUGCAUCGUGUUGGACGAGCAGGACGCUUCGGUUCUCGAGGAGGUGCCAUCACACUGGCUACUGAAGGGGAUGAUUGGACAGCUAUGAGAGCUAUUGUGACACUUGCCAAUGUGAAAGCAUAUUUGCUUCAAGAGGGCUGGGACUCCAAUAUCACUAGUAAAGAGGUAGCAGGUAUGGAGGAAGUAGAGAUGCUGGGGGAAGAGGAACUGAAUCUGUGGCUGGAGGUAAACAAGCAAAAAGGCUUUCCACAAGACCAAAAGGUUAUGAAGAGUAUACAAAAUGGGAAUGUAGGAGAGAGAAUAACUGAGUCGGUAGGGAGAAAAUCUAAUUCGAAAGUAGAAUUACAUGAUGAAUCUGAAAAAGAAAAUCUGAAGGAUACAUCAGUGAGAAAAAAAAAUCACAAGCAGAAUAAGACAGUUGUAAAACAAGAAAGUAAAAAUGAUAAACCAGGUAAUCAGGGAAAGUGUAAUGUAAAGAACACAAAAGAAACAAUAAAUGACAGUAUAUCAUGCAAGAAAGAAAGCGAUCCUGAAGAAGUGGCAAAUAAAGCAAUUGAAAAGAAGGCAGAAAACCAGAAAAAAGUUUCAGCCCUUCUCAGUAAAGUAAGCUUUUCCUUGCAUAAGUUUUCAUAUGCAGAGAUUUACAAGGAAUUAUCAGAGAAAGGUGACACAGAAAGUGCUAGUAUAUCUUCAACAAUUACUAUUCCAUCCUUGCCAGAUAAGCUGAAUCCAUCUGAGUCAGAGCUGAAGGUUCUCUGUGACCACAUAGAGGACACUAAUGAGGACCUUGAAAACAAAAUUACAAGUAUAGAUAAAUUCUGGAAGUCCUCAGAAGUUGAUAUAAAAGAAGCACUUCAAGCUUUAAUUGAAGGCAAAGAUCCAAGUUCCCUACCUCGCAACAAUGAUUAUAAGGAAUCUUGCAGUGAUGUGACUGAUCAUGUAUGUCUUUUAGAGCCAGAUGAAAAGGGAUUAUCCCCAAAAACAGCUCUACCAACACAUGAAUUUAAUGGCAUUACACAUAAGAACACUUCUGAUUGUGCAGACAAAGUAACAGAGAGUUCUUUGUCAGAGAGGGAGAGUAAAGUCAACACAGACUCUGGCAGUGGGUUAUAUCAGUCUUCCAAGAGCACGACUCAGUCUACCUCAGAACUGUGUUCCUCAAAGAAGACCAGUAAUUCAGGAGAAAGCAAAGAAAAAGUACUCAAGUCUCAAGAAAUAAAACAAAAGGUUAAGAAGUCAAGGUCACACCAUAAACAGUCACAAGAAGAUUUAGAAAUGAGAAGAGAACCCAAGUCUAAAAAGGUACAAAAGAAGCUAACAAAGAGGUCCACAUCUACCAGCACAGAUACUUCUUUUGAGAGUAGCUCAAGCACUGAUUAUCAUUACCAGCAAAAUUAUAAUGGAUUUUAUGAUAGUCAACAACAGCAAAGGGAUUAUUGGAGCCAGAUGCAUGGUAUGUAUAGUUCAGGUUAUCAGCAAUAUGCACAGGCAGAUUAUUCUUCAUAUGGAGGAGCUUACCAGAAUUUCCAACCACC